UUUGUCGGGUUUUAGUGAGACCGAUAUCGUCCCUGACUAGUUUUUCAUGCGUACAGUCGAGAAAAUUGUAUUUAUUUUCAAUCUCAAUACAAUUUUGCGUGAAAUCACGCCUAUAAACAGUUCUUACGAGAACCGCACUAAAGUCCGAAGAGUAUGUGGGCGAGUGAGCCGUCCUUUUCAUAGACGAUCUUUGGCGCUAGCUAAAGCGCUACAGCUAACGAGCUUCACGCGGAGACGCGUCGCAGCCGUCGUUCGCUUCGGUAUGAUGCCAGGUGACAGCAACAUGACCUCCAUCGUCCAGAGAAUAGCUCGGCAGGCUCUCCUCACCUACAGGAACCCGCCGCGAGUCGGCGAGGAGGCCGGCAAAUCUUUCUUGGAGAACCACGGCAAGCUGAAGAGCCUGAUGACGGAAGUGCGAGCGGCGGACCUGAAGCUGGUCCCGCGGAGAGCCGACGACAGCCCGCCGCUGCCCUUCCACCACGGCGCGCCCCCGGUCACCUACAUGCACAUCUGCGAGACGGACCACUUCAGCAUGGGGGUGUUUCUGCUGAAAAGCGGCGCCUCCAUCCCCCUGCACGACCACCCGGGGAUGCACGGCAUGCUCAAAGUCAUGUACGGCAAGGUCAGGAUCAGCUGCUUCGACAGGCUGGAGCGGCCGGCCGGCAGCCCGCAGGCGGCGCCUCCGCUCCCUACGGCCCAGACGGACGCCCUGCGGUGCUCCGUGCUUCGCUCCACCGGCGAGUACACGGAGGAGAGCGGCCCGUGUGUCCUCUCCCCUGACCGGGACAACCUCCACCAGAUCGACGCCGUGGACGGCCCGACGGCGUUCAUGGACAUCCUGGCCCCGCCGUACGACCCGGACGAAGGCAGAGACUGUCACUAUUACAAGGUUCUGACAGAAACGGAGGUUAAAAACACAGAGCAGAAGGAGAAGCAGCUCUGGCUCGUGGAGAUCUCCCAGCCUCCGGACUUCUGGUGUGGAGGGGAGCCGUACCCAGGCCCGGAGGUGUGCCUCUGAUCCGGCUGGCUGACCCACAGGCGCCAAAUGUCUUCUUUUCCCGGGCUGAUCUGCUCUAUGCACCCUGAACCUGUGGCACGAGGCCGGGCCCUUUGGACUCGAUUGGACAGACUGGGGCUAAAUCAUUAGAUUCAAAUGUUGGGGUCAAACGUGGGCUUUAGUAACUCUGCAGAGCAGGAGACCACCUGCUCCAUUCACACUUUGGUGGGGUUUGUUAACCCUGCAGCGGUGAACAGCUGCACCCGCUUUCCAAAGCAUCCCGCCGGUGCUGUGGUCCCCCUGCAUGGCACCCACAGGCUCGCCGUGUGAUGGGGACACCACAUAACACAGUUCAGACGUUUGCCCCCACAAAGGGGAUGAAAUCGGAUAUUUUGCGUCUGUUUCUCUGCCUGUCUGUAAUCUUUCUCCUGUGUUGUCAGUGAAGGCAGCGAAUCGUCCUGAACCUUGCGGGUGAAGACUUUAAAGUCUCUGAGUGUAGAAGCGCGAUGACCGACGGGUGUGGAAGCGGGCGGUCGAGCUCACACGUCGCUUUGCCCCUGAAGGCCUCGUGUGUGUGUCCUGGAAUGUCUCACCACACACACACACUUCUGGUUUUAUCUGAUGGCUUCGCAGUUUUGUUGUAAUUUUGCGAAGCUGUCCAGCCGGCGUCUUCCCUCAGCUCAAAGGGUUCAGGCUAAAAUAAGACCCAGUUAAUGUAUUUUGGACGGGAGAUGCCAAGAAAUGACAAAUUGAUGAUGUACAGGGUGCAAAUGCUGCGUUCAGGAAAAGUCAGGAAGUCAGGGUUUGCUGCUUGGGUCUUGAUCGAAGUCUGAGCUUCAAUUUCACAUUUCAGUGUUUAAGUGUUACGCUGGCGUGCUUUUAAAGAGCUUAAAUUCUCUUUCAGUCUUGCAUGAGCUUCAGGUUAAAACCUGCAGUCACACUAACAGGGAGGGAUGGUAUGCAUGCGUGUUUCCACUCUGCAGUACUGAAGCUCAGUAGUUGUCCUUGUAGUCUUCCAGCAGGGAUUUCCAGACUCCUGACUGUGUCCUGAAGGCAGCAUUAAAAACAGAUCAGUCCUGGCUGAGCUGGGUCGUCUCUGUGGACCACGAAGGGACCGCGUCGAUGUGUUUUAAUCGUCUUCCUGCUUCAGGCUUUGUGACGUUUGUCCGAUGAAGAGCUGUGUGAAUCUUCAGGUACCUUUUGGAGACUCGGGAAUCCGUGUCGCGUUGUGUUUAGACUGCCAUCUUUUUCCUCUGAGAAAAGUUUGAUCCUCAGGGCUGUUUGUGAUUUGGAUGACUGACUGAUUGUUUGAUUGAUUUGCACUAAUUAAGCUUCAACUUUUGACCAUCUUUACCACAUGAGAUUAGAGGGUCAGAGAGUCAAAACUGUUGGUGUGAUUGCAAAACGAGGAUCGUGAAUAUGAAGGUUUGAAGAGCGAAAGCUGCUGAAUGAGUUUUCUGCUGCAUUAAAGUAACGUCAGUAAUUUAAAAUGUUGGAUGCUCGUUGUGAAACCGGCGAAGCACUCGUAUCCGCGUUGAACGCUUUGGAGAUUCGACCCGUUUGAAACUUGAAACGUUUCAGGUGGAGACUGAUGUGCCGCGUGUUGUGUCGCCGUUGGAUUUUCUUCUGCUCAGCUGAAGGUCUUUAAGUCAGGCCUGAGUCCACAUUCUGAAUCUCCAAAUCCAGUUUGUGUCAAAUAAACAGUAACUUCAUCAGUGUACUUUGCUUGUAAUGAAGGUUUUCUGUCUGUUAACAUAUAAAACGUGCAGUUGAGUUUGCCUUUGAAAA